CCUCUUGAGUUCAGCACAGCUGUAGCACUGUAGUCCUGGGACAGUUGUAGUCCAACUAGCUUUCCAGAGAGGUGUGAUGGUUUUAAAUCACGAUGUCUGAAAUGCUACAGAAAGAUAUGGAAGAGAUUUCUCUCGGGCCUGUUAAAAUAGACGAGGAGAAGGAAAACGAACGGAGUUUUCUCCUGGUGGACGAAAACGAAAGCUUGCAGGUGAAGAAUGAAGCUCAGUUUUUGCAGAAGUUGGGCUGCAGCGCCGCUCAAGGAGUCAAAGUGCUGUCCAUCUUUGGCAACACGGGCGAUGGCAAGUCUCACACUCUCAAUCACGUGCUCUUCGACGGCGAGGAGGUGUUCCUCACGUCUCCGUCUCCGUCCUCCUGCACGGUGGGCAUCUGGGCCGCUUACGAGCCGCGUCUGAACCUGAUCGUGCUGGACACGGAGGGCCUGCUCGGUGCCGCCAGUCAACAGAACCGCCGGAUGCGUCUGCUGCUGAAGGUCCUGGCCGUAUCGGACGUGGCCAUCUACCGCACGCGGGCCGAGAGGCUCCACAACGACAUGUUCCAGUUCCUCGGCAGCGCGUCGGCCGCUUACCUGAAGCACUUCACACCUGAGCUCCGCGCUCUGUCUAGCCGCUGCGGGCUGGACGUGCCUCUCUCCAGCCUGGGACCUGCUGUUAUAGUUUUCCAGGAGACCUUUCGCACUCAGCUGCUAGGCCAGGAUGGCUCUGUCCCGGGGCAAGCAGACACUCUGCUGCAAAAGCGCUUCCAUGAUUUGGGCCAGAGCACAGACGCCUUCAGCUCCAUUCAGUACGUGGGCACCCAAACCAUCACUCCCCCCACAGACUACUCCCAGUUAGUGCAGAUAGUCAAUCAGCAGGUGAACAACACAUCCCAGCGAGCCCCACGCCAGCCGGCCAUUGUGUUCAGUGCACUGCAGGCCUUGAGCGACAGGUUCUGUGGCGAGAUCUCAGAUGACAAAAUCAGCAUAUGCUCCUUCUUUCCUGAUGAAUAUUUCACUUGCCCAUCAGUCUGUCUCAGCUGCAAUGUUCGGUGUAAGAACGGCAUGAACCACCAGAAAGACGGGGUCCCACACAGGGCUGAUGGAUUAUGCCAGUAUGCCCACCAAUACAACAAUAAAGUUCUCAUUUGUAAGAGGUGCUAUGAGAGCGGAAGAGAAGUGAUUGUCAUACCAAAAACCUCUGCCUCUUCAGAGAACCCAUGGCUUGGUCUGGCCAAGUACGCGUGGUCAGGAUAUGUUUUAGAGUGUCCCAGUUGUGGCAUCAUCUACCGGAGUAGACAGUACUGGCUGGGUAACCAGGAUCCAGAGAGCAGUGUGGUGCGGCCAGAGGUCAAGCAUGUCUGGCAGGGGACCGAUGCCUUCCAGAUAGACCAUCAGAAUGCAGCUCAGCGGGUUUUGGAUGGAAUGACUUAUAUAAUCCAAUCAGUGACAGAAUACAGCUCAGGCCCAACUAAAGCCGUCACCGCCUGGCUCACAGACCGGGUGGCUCCACCCUACUGGAAACCCAACUCGGAAAUCCUUGAAUGUAAUGGUUGUAAGAGAGCGUUUGAGGAGGCGGAGAGGAAACACCACUGUCGGGCUUGUGGGGAGGGUUUCUGUCAGGCCUGCUCCACUCACAGCAUGCCAGUGCCCGAGAGGGGCUGGGGCGGCACCCCUGUACGAGUCUGUGAUGCCUGUUACCAGCAGGAAGGACCCCAGCACACUGGACAGGUGGCUGUCACAGAACCCCGGGCACUAGUCGCCCGCAGGGUGGCAGAAGUAGCUCAGUCAACACUGGAUAUGGUCUCCACCGCAGUGGACUACCCCCUAUGUUUAGUAAAGGGAGUUGCGAGACCAGACUAUUGGAUCCCAGACCAGGAGAUCACCCAGUGCCACAGCUGUGCCAAACCCUUCACCCCCAGCAUACACAAGCACCACUGCCGGGCAUGCGGUCAGGGAGUGUGUGGGAACUGCUCGACUAAGACCAGGCCAGUGCCGUCUCGAGGCUGGGACCACCCUGUGCGAGUGUGUGACGGCUGCGCUGACCGCAGGGAUUCCCUUUGAAAUACAGCCUGGAGCAGUUUUCAAGCCUCAACCACUGUAAUCACGGCUGGGGGGGGGGGGGGUAUGAAACCCACUGCAGUGGCAUAGACAAACACUCAGGCUCUCCAAAGCGUUAGCUGCAAAGUUAGAGGAUGAAGAUAUCUGGGUUAUAUUUCAUCUUCAAAAUCAAUAGAGGAAAAAACAAACAAAAAUUGUCUUAAGCAUUUUUUAUAUUCCUUUUGACUGCAGGAUGAAUAAACUUUUUUUUUUUUUGUGAGAUUUGCUGCAGAAAUUAAAAAGAGGAAAAUAGAAAAUACUGCCGUUAAUAGUUUUAAUAGAUUCUAGCUAAUUGACUGUAGUGCUGAAUGCAAACUGUCUCCUAAAAGUGUUUUUCUGUAAAUUAAUUUGAUUAAACAUAUUAAUGUUUCUAUCCCGAAGAUAAGAAAUAACCUGCAAAGCAGACGAAGAGACAGUGAGCAAGAGCAGUAAAAAUGAACACAUCUAGUACACAGUUAAUUAUCAUUUGAGAUAAGUAGGAGAUGUUCACAUCUAAUCUAAUUACAAAAAACAGUUUAAUAUUUUAUUCCAGGAACAGAAGUGAAGUUAAGCAGUGUAGUUUAUCAUGUGCUGAAUCCUCUGAGUUCAUAUCUCGUUGUAUUUUUUAUCUGCAUUCGCCUUUACUACACAUUUUUCUCAAAUAACUGCACUUUACCUAAUGUUUACUAUUACUUUAGUUGAGAGCCAUAUAACCUAAUACAUAAGAUGCAAGAGUGCAUAUAUAUAAUGAAAACUGAAUUAUUCUCCAUCAUUUAUAGUGCCUGAUGCAUCUCAACCACUCUCUUGCGGUGAGUGUGUGACAUUUAAUACAGACUUACACUAAACUCAGUGCAGAUGACAGCAGGAUAACUCAUAAUGUUUGUACAGCUCAUAAAAUGGCUUAUAUAUGGCACUUUAUUCAUAUUUGACUGGAGAGAAUCCAUGUGGAAUUUCUUAAAGAGAUAAUUUACCCAAAAAUGAAAAUGAUAUCCUCGUAUCCAUAGUACACUUCCAUAUAUAUAUAUAUAUAUAUAGUUACAAACAAUCUUCAAAAUAUCAUCUUUUGUGUUCAACUGAAGAAAGAAACUUAAACAGGUCUUAAACGGGUCAUGAGGGAGUUUUCAUUUUUGGAUAAACUAUCCCUUUAGCUGUGAUGUUUAUGUUUUUUUUUUAUGAUUCUGCUUUUUAUAUUUUUUAUCUGGAAUUGAACAUUGUAGUCUUCUAUGAAGGGAUUUAACCAAAGCAAUGGUUUUAAUUGCAUACAAGCGAACCUGCAUUUGACAAUCCUGCAAUCUAUGUUUUGACUGGCUUUUAAUCAGAACAUUAAAGUUGUUUCAAAACA